AAGUAAAGCUAGACAACGCUUUUCAGUUCAGGAGGUGUAGUUGAACAAGAUGGAUUCGAGAAUUGUGUGUUUGUGUCUCUUGGUGUUAUUUGUAGAUAAGUCGAGGACCCAGCCUGUAAACAACACCACAACAGGAGAAGAGUGCAUCUCAAAUGAUGAGUGCAUUUCAGGGAAGAUAUGCAUAGCUAAAAAAUGCACUGAUCCCUGUGAUGGAGUGUGUGGACUGAACACAAUUUGUGUGGUACAAGAAGGAGAUCCUUUGUGUUCCUGUAAAACUGGCUACGAAGGAGACCCGUUUACGGAAUGUAAGCCAGAAAAUGCAGAAUGCACGGACGACUCCAUGUGUACAACAGACAAGUCCUGUAUUCGUCACAAGUGUGUGGACCCUUGUAUGGACCAUUGUGGGCUCAAUACCGUGUGUAGAGUGGUCAACCAUCGACCAGUGUGUGCCUGCCUCAAAGGAUUCCUCCACACUCUAGAAAAAGGCUGCAGUCCUAAGUGGAUUCCGGAAUGUCAGACUCAUUCUCAUUGUCCGGAGGACCGCUCAUGUCGUCUGCAGAAGUGUGUAGAUCCUUGUCAAGACGGAGUGUGUGGCAAUAACACAGAAUGUCACGUCAAGAACCACUAUCCUGUGUGUUCAUGUAAAGUUGGUUACAUAGGAGAUGCCUACAACGAAUGUGUAACGUACUUUUUUGCAGGUUCAACUGACAAUAAGGAAAACAUACAAAAACCAAUUGAAGAGAAAAAAAACUUCAUACUUUUUAAAGAAAAGAAAAAUUGGUGGGACGCCGUUACUAACUGCAAUGCUAAUGGAAUGAAACUAGCGACAAUCGAAAAUGAUGACGAGUGGAACAGUUUAGUUGAAACUUUUGGCUAUGUAGAAGAAUGUGUAUGGAUUGGUGGUCAUGACUUUGGCAAGUAUCCGAAUUUCCUAUGGAUAUCCACUGGACAACCUAUUUUAGUCCAUUGGAAGGGUUCUGAGCCUUACGGCGAAUCUUAUCACUGCCUGACAGCUGACACUGUCGGAUUUGUUACCCGGGAAUGUAGCCAAGCUCGUAGUUUUGUAUGUGAACAAUGAAAAACCGACACCUGAAAAGUUAACUCCUAUACAGCCAUUGUAAUUGGUAUUUUCAAUUCUCAUUAAAAUAAAGAGAAUGUAU